ACUGACUCAGGGAGAAGGGUGCUGGCGGCAGAGCUGCCAAUGGAUGAGGGUCCUAGAGACCAUUGGCAUGAGGGGCAGUUGAGGACUGUAGUAUUCAGCCGAGAGGAGAGACUACUAAGGAAAUUUACAAAAUCAGCUUUCAGUUAUUUGGAAGGGUUUAUAUAAAAGGAUAAAAUAAUAUGUUCUCGUAGUUCUAGAAAACAGGACAGAGACAAGUAGAUGGUACUUAAGGAUCAGAGGAGUGAGUGUCAGUAGUUUGGGGAUUAUUUAUAAACAAGACAUUCUUCUGUUAACUCUCUUAUCAAAUAGUGAAUUUCCCAACUUGACAAGUAAGAAAACACAGGCUAGACAUGUAUCUGUCAUGACACUGAAGGGGUCCUUGCUUGCUUGAGUGAGAGACUGGAAUGAUGACUUUUGAGGUCCCUUACAGCCUAGUAACUCUAGCUAAGUUGGAGAAUAAGAGAAUUCCAUGACACCAUAUCACCCCUGAUUUCUGCUGCCUGCCUCACCAUUCAUCUCUCUUUACUCUUUUUAAUAUCCUUCUACGUUACAGCAUUGGAGGAGGCUGCUCUAAGUAGGAACUGAAAUAAGUAGAUUAAAGAAGUGCUGUGGAAGGGAAAACAGUAAAACAACUCUUUUUUUUAAGAGCCUACUAUUGCCAGGAUCUGUGCUAGGCACCAUAUAUAUGCCAUUCUAUUUAAUCCUCAUGACAUGCCUAUGAGAUAUUUAGUAUUACUUCUGUGAGGAAGCCAAAGCUCAGAGAGGGUAAAUAACUGCCCCAAGAACACACAGGCAUUAAGUAGUGGAGCAGGGUUUGAACACAGGUCCCUGUGACUCCAGAGCGCACUGUGAUAUUUAUUUUUACUGAUCUGUUUAUGGAAAAUGAUACUGCUUUCUGAUUUAGUAUUAACACAAAGAUUUUUUUCUAAAUAGAUUUACUUAAAGUAUGUUAUAAAAAUACUAUAUAAAUAAUGGAACAGAUUUUACAUAAGUAUGAAGUGUUACUAGUAGCUAGAAUGAUGAAAGUUUGGGAAAUACUACUCCAAAUAUUUUGACAGCUAGCCUUUCAAUUUAGCCUGUCUUAUAUUUGGACUGCUGAGUACAAGGAAAAGAAGGAAACAUGAAAAUUAAGUGAAAUAUGAGUUACUUCCCCUAUGCUCUGAUAGGUGGGUAAUUGGUCAUAUGUUACAAUGAGAAAAUCAAAUGAACCCUUUCAAACAACAGCAAAAAAAUUGUGAUUGUAAAAUCCAGAGGAAAACCCCAGGUGGGAUCUAUCUGUAUGAAGGAUGAAGUUUCCAAGGUCUGAACAUAGAAUGACUGGGAGGAAGUGAUGACCCUGUGAGUCAAGACCCUGGACUCUGGGGGAGCCCUGUGGGUUUGAGAAGCCCUGGAUGAAAGGUGAAGGGUUUUACAGACCUGUUUACAGACCUCUGUAGUGACAGAAGGGAGGGAGAUCUUUGUGCAAAGGUCAAAGUAAGAAUUGGGAAAGUCUGAAAAGAAAAUAGGAAAGUAGUAAUGAAGAUGAAAUAACUGCUUGGCAUACUCAGUGCCACGUUAUCUACAGGCAAAGACUCCUUUGUUUUUCACAACAAUGCAGCAAAAAGUGAUUAUGAAUCACAUUUCUUAAGUGAGAAGACUGACAUUCAAACAUGCUCAAUAACUGGCCCACGGUCCAGUGGUCAAGCCAGGACUGGACCUCGGACCACCAGUUCCAAACCCACACCCCUUCCCUUGCACCACACGCUUUUGCGUGGAUGAGCCUCCACAACCCUGUCAACAACAAACUGUCAGUUUGCGACUUUGAAUGUCUCCUGCUUCACAGGACACAGCUAGCCUCCAAGAGAUCAGGGAGGCAUGCCCAGAGGGGGCUGCUUCUCUCUUUUUAAGCUCAAGUGCCACAGACCUCAGAGGCACGUAAAUGUCCCCCACACUGAGCAGAGGACUUUGCGGUGCCUGAUCAGGGCAGAAAAAGGAGGCAUGCACCUGGGGGAAGAUCAUAUAUGAGUGAAACCUGUCCCCACUGAAGCACUAGGUUUGGAGAAAUCUGCUGGGCGUUUACACACCUUUCCCACUUCUGCUUGUGACUUGUGGCCAAACUCAAGAGCACCACCCACUACCGGGAAUAGUGGACCAAGGUAACAGAAACAUUCUAGAUUCAUACAAUUGGGGUUAGAUUAGGAUCAUCUGAAAAUGAAGGUUGUGUAUGUCAAUUGCCUUCUAACAGGAUGGGUGGAGAGGUGUACUUAAUGAAUGAUUUGGGGGAAGGGCUAGAAGUGAAGCACCUGGCCUCUCUGCUCUCACUCACUGAAGACUGUCUUCUGAAGCCUGUGGAACUCAGUGCCUGCCACAUGGUUGCCCACAUUUGUUGAACUGAACUGCAUUUUCACCUAUGGGCUUCAAAGGCUGUAUGUACUCUGGGAUCUCUGGGAAUCUGUCAGGGAAGGCCUCUUUGUCAUGUUUGUGGAUGGGGCUGCCUUUGGGGGUUUCCCAGGGCUUUACACUCAUGCUCCGAGGGUACGUUUGUAGUCAUUCUCAUCAGUGGAAAUGCCCACCUGCCGACAGAAGUUAUUUGGAACCAAGCAAGAGCACUGUCCCUGGCUGUGGUGUUGUUUCUCUAGUCAGUUCCCCUUUUUGUAUUUGAGUUCUACCGUCAGUCCUGACAUUAUUUCCCUCUCUGCAAGGAGCCUUAGGAGGUACGGCGAGCUCGCAAAGACUCCUUUUGUUUUUUUCUUACUACCUUGCUUCUGUGUUCCUUGGGAAUGCUGCUGUGCUUAUGCAUCUGGUCUCUUUUUGGAGCUGCAGUGGACAGGCAUUUGUGACAGCACUAUGGGACUGAGUAACACUCUCUUUGUGAUGGCCUUCCUGCUCUCUGGUGCUGCUCCCCUGAAGAUUCAAGCUUAUUUCAAUGAGACUGCAGACCUGCCAUGCCAGUUUGCAAACUCUCAAAACCGAAGCCUGAGUGAGCUAGUAGUAUUUUGGCAGAAUCAGGAAAACUUGGUUCUGAAUGAGGUAUACUUAGGCAGAGAGAAAUUUGACAGCGUUCAUUCCAAGUAUAUGGGCCGCACAAGUUUUGAUCCGGACAGUUGGACCCUGAGGCUUCACAACCUUCAGAUCAAGGACAAGGGCUUGUAUCAAUGUAUCAUCCAUCACAAAAGGCCCACAGGAAUGAUCCGCAUCCACCAGAUGAAUUCUGAACUGUCAGUGCUUGCUAACUUCAGUCAACCUGAAAUAGUCCCAAUUUCUAAUAUAACAGAAAAUAUGUACAUAAAUUUGACCUGCUCAUCUAUACACGGUUACCCAGAACCUGAGAAGAUGAGUGUUUUGCUAAGAACCAAGAAUUCAACUAUCGAGUAUGAUGGUGUUAUGCAGAAAUCUCAAGAUAAUGUCACAGAACUGUACGACGUUUCCAUCAGCUUGUCUGUUUCAUUCCCUGAUGUUACGAGCAACAUGACCAUCUUCUGUGUUCUGGAAACUGACAAGACACAGCUUUUAUCCUCACCUUUCUCUAUAGAGCUUGAGGACCCUCAGCCUCCCCCAGACCACAUCCCUUGGAUUACAGCUGUACUUCCAACAGUUAUUAUAUGUGUGAUGGCUUUCUGUCUAAUUCUAUGGAAAUGGAAGAAGAAGAAGCAGCCUCGCAACUCUUAUAACUGUGGAACCAACACAAUGGAGAGGGAAGAGAGUGAACAGACCAAAAAAAGAGAAAAAAUUAAUGUACCUGAAAGAUCUGAUGAAGCCCAAUGUGUUUUUAAAAGUUUGAAGACACCUUCAUGCGACAAAAGUGAUACGCAUUUUUAAUUAAAGAGUAAAGCCCAUACAAGUAUUCAUUCUUUCUACCCUUUCCUUUGUAAGUUUCUGGGCAACCUUUUUUAUUUCUUCCAGAAGGCAAAAAGACAUUACCAUCAGUAAUAAGGGGGCUCCAGGACUCCCCCUAAGUGGAAUAGCCUCUCUGUAACUCCAGCUCUGCUCAGUGUGCUAAGAGCAGACUAAUUCUCUUAUUGCUUCUUUUCACUUCAGAGCACACUUAUGGGCCAAGCCCAGCUUAAUGGUUCAUGACCCGGAAAUAAAAUUUAGGACCAAUACCUCCUCCAGAUCAGAUUCUUCUCUUAAUUUCAUAGAUUGUAUUUUUUUAAAUAGAACUCUCAAUUUCUGGAAAACUGCCUUUUAUCUGCCCAGAUUUCUAAGCUGGUGCCCCACUGAAUCUUGUGUACCUGUGACUAAACAACUACCUCCUCAGUCUUGGUGGGAGUUAUGUAUUUAAGACCUUAUGUUGUUAAUAUUUUGAAACAUGGAGAUCUAUGUACUGUAAUAGUGUGAUUACUAUGCUCUAGAGAAAAGUCUACCCCUGCUAAGGAGUUCUCAUCCCUCUGUCAGGGUCAGUAAGGAAAAUGGUGGCCUAGGGUACAGGCAACAAUAAGCAGACCAAUCUAAAUUUGGGGAAAUUAGAAGAGGCAGAGACAGAACCUGGAGCCACUUCUAUCUGGGCUGUUGGCUAAUACUGAGGAGGUUUGCCCUGCCCAACAAGCCCUAGUGGAGAGAACUGAAUAAACAGGGAAGUGCUGGAGCUUGUGAACCCUGUUUCUCUUGAAGAACUGACCAGUGAGAUGGCCUGGGGAAGCUGUGAAAGAACCAAAACAGAUCACAAUACUCAAAAGAGAGAGAGAAAAAAAGUGAGAUCUUGAUCCACAGAAAUACAUGAAAUGUCUGGUCUGUCCACCCCAUCAACAAGUCUUGAAACAAGCAACAGAUGAACAGUCUGUCCAAAUGGACUUAAGAUAGACAGCAGUUUCCCUGGUAUUCAGGGAGGCGUUUUGGUGAUACCCAAGUUAUUGGGAUGUCAUCUUCCUGGAAGCAGACCUGGGGAGGGAGAGCCAUCAUCUUGAUAAUGGGAUGAAUGGAAGGAGGCUUAGGACUUUCCACUCCUGGCUGAGAGGGGAAGAGCUGCAAUGGAAUUAGGAAGACCAAGAUGGAGAUCACCCAGGGGCUUACUUAGCCUACAGAUGUCCUACAGGAACAUGGGCUGGCCCAGCACAGAGAUAGCAAAUUUGAGUUGGAUGAUUGUUUUUGCUCAAGGCAACCAGAGGAAAAUUGCAUACAGAGACGGAUAUACUGGGAGAAACGACUUUGGAAACCUGGCUCUAAGGUGGGAUCAGUAAGGGAUGCGGCAGUCUCUGUCCAAACCUAAAGAGAACUCUGGGGGGGCCCGAGCCACAAAAAAUGUUCCUUUGUUUUAUGUAAACAACCUUCAAGGGUUGUAGACUGCCAUGCUAGAUAAGCUUGUCCAUGUAAUAUUCCCAUGUGUGUACCCUGCCCCUGCCUUGAUUAGACCCCUAGCACCUGGCUAAUUUCUAACAUGUUUUGUGCAGCACAGUUUUUAAUAAAUGCUUGUUACAUUCAUUUAAAA